AUAGCUUUUGACAAGAACAAGUUGCUGCGAUUUAUCAUUUAGCAUUUUAGCUCACACGUGUUAGAGAAAAGCUCGUUUAAAAUCGCUAAAUUAUGUUGGAUGUUGCUCAACAAACAGCUGCUGCUGCCAAUAAGAAGAUUUAUAUUGGUAUAUAUUUCGUAUUUAUAUUAUUUUCUUUACUUAAAAGUUGUUGUGAUCACUUUACGAUAUUUACUUGUCGUGAUGUAAAUAGACUAAAGAUACCCGCCAUAUUUUGAGAGUUUAUAUUAUAUGGGCGGAAGACAAGUUCGGCAUUUUAGGAAGAUGGACAUUUUCCCCUGACUUUGUAUAUUACAGGAUGUCUGCCAUUCAGUCGCUGUGACAAUUGAAAGUUAAUGUUUCUAAGUUGUAAAAUUGUGCAAUAUUGUGGAGUAACCUGGUUGCAAUGGUUCAAAAAUUUACUUUCCUUGUACAUAUUUAUCACUCUUUGUGAGAAAGAAAUUUUGAUUGGAAGUGCCACUAGGCUCACUCAAAUAUCAGAACAUACUUCACAUGUGACAAUAUAAUUCAUCAGCUAAUGAGAUGCAGUGAUUACUUUCCUGGUACAAUCAUAUUGAGAUGGGGUUGUUGUCCAUUGAGUAAAAGUCUAAAUCUCAUUCGUCACAGCCUAUACCCUGAGUAUCAGGCUCUAUUUUACAACUAGAGCCUAACAGAAAUCUUAAUCUGGUCACUCAAUGCCCAAAGUAAUGUUGAUAUUUAGUAUCUAAUAUUUAGUAUAACAACAACAAUGUAAUUAUAUAGUUAAAAUUGCUAAAUCUAUCAUGAACAAUUGUAUAAUGUAAUACAUGCUUCCGGAAAGUGUGUCACCUUGGCUAUAAAGCCUUGUUCUAGCGAUUGCAGCACUUGGCUUUAACUAAUGUCACGUACACAAAAACAAGGCUCUAUAGCCAAGGUGACAUACUUUCUGGAAGCGUGUAUUACAGUACUGCCAAGAAACAACUUAUCAAAAACCACAUCCAAGACGCGGGUAUCUUGCGUCCACUGUGCGUCCACGCGGGUGCGUCCGUCCUGCGGGCAUCGCACGUCCACCGUGCGUCCACCGUGCGUCCACUGUGCAUUUGUGGGCGGGUGUGCCCGCUUUGCGUCUGUGGGUGAGGACGCAGCUGAGAAAGAGUUCUCAUCGUAGAUCGUUGGAAAUUAUCGCGUUUCGCUUUUCAUAAACAAACUGUGGGCAUCGGAAAAAAAUCAUGCUAUUGAUUUCACACCACGUUUUUAUACACAAGCGAUGCAGACCUAUAUUUUUAUAUUUCUAAUAUUAAACUUAUCGUGAAGUUUCAGAAUUUGUGCAUCGUAAAGUUCCUUUCCAUAUUUGACCUCUACUUUUGCACCUUUGUAUAAUGUUUGGUUUAAACCCAGUAUUCUUUUAACGUUGUCAGUUGACAAAAUGCACAUGGUUUUAUAUCUUCUUUGAAAAAAACAAACAUACGUUUUGGUUGACGAGUAAGCGAUCGAUACCUCAUUUUAUUAGUCUGAUACUGUAGUGAUACGGAUCGAGUGAUAUUAGUCUGAGCUCUUCACUUCGGCUUUAGCAAAUUAUACUGCAACUUUGGAAAUCAAGCGAUGAGUCACAGUCAUUGAACCGUGUUGAAACACAAAGACUGUUUCCUGGACAUGUAAAGGUAUUCCAUUAAGGGAUUAAGAGAAGUAAUUUAUCCAUAAAUUAUCUGGUAAUUAUCAAUUUAUAUGACAUCACCAUGUGCAUUUACUUUGUUUUGGAAAAACAACAAAAACUUGGUGCUGUAAAUAAAGUUAUAUAGUGGCUUUUAGUAAUGGUAUUUUAUAUGAAAAAUCAAAAGCACUAUAUAUUCUAAUGAGCAUCUUCAUUUUAAUAUACUGACGAGUUACAGAGACAUAACAUUACUCAAAUACAGAAUUGCAUAUCAACUAAUUGGCAAUCUUCUACGAGGUACUGAAGUCAGAAUUUGAGUAGCAAAUGAAUGUGUUGCAAGAUAUAUACUUGUUGUAGUUGUGAUCUCACUGAGUUUAGUAUAUGUGUCUACAUUAUAUUUAUAUAUAGUUUAUGUCUAACAUAUUUUACGCUCCAAUAUGUGAAAGCAUUACAUUUAGUAUAACAAUAUAACAUUAUAAAAUGGUUAUACUAAAUGUAAUGCUUAGGUUCAAUGAAACUCAUUUUCGGAUUGAACUUUUUAUUCUUUGCUUCUCCGAUCAGUGACACUUAUCCUGUAUUCUCACAACAAACUACGAGUAUGAUGCAAAUAUUUACUUAAGUCCGUUCUUCCAAUUAUGUUACGAUGACUGCGUCCAAGCGGACACAGUUUUUAACUAGAGGCCAGACGCAGUUUUUAACUAGAGGCCGGAUGCAGGCAUCAUGGGGGCCGGACGCGGGCGCUCUAGAGGCAGGACGCAGGCAGAGUGGACAAGUUAUUUCUUGGCAGUACUGUAGUUCUGAUCAAUCAAAAAUACAUUAAAAUUUUUUUGUCUGAUGGAGACCAAUCAAGCAAAAAGCGAGAUUUUUGCUUUUUUCCAUGCGGCCAGACAGAGAUUUGUGUCAGGCCCUCUUUCAAGGGAAAUAUGGCCCGAUAUAGUGAUAUAUACUCGAACUACCCAUCAAAUGGCAGCACUUUCCCCUUCUGAUUGUGUCACAAUCGGAAAUUACAGAUUACCAAUUAUUCAUGCAAAAAUAUACCUGAUACUGAUUUUAUAAUGGCAUCAUAAUGUCAGUAAUACCAUUCACAAUGAUAAUUUCCAAUGUAACAUGUUACUGCAACCAAAACUGUUUAUAAAUGGCACCCUUUACGCAUUAAUUUUGUCGCUGCAACACAUCAGGCUUUAAAACACAACAUGUGUCAAAUGAAUUAUGCACAAUGUAUAUAAUUUUAAAGCAUAUAUUUUCUCAACAAUUGGUUUUACAUAAUCGGAAAUACAGAUAAUUCUACCAGUUCUGAUUGUCUACCGAUAAGGCAAAAAUCAGUCUGAUACCGAUUAUUGUUCAAUCACUACUCUUCCCAUGACAAGUAAAAUAUUUUCUGGUGUUAGAAGGAGUAAAAUAAUAUAGUUGGGCACAUUAGGGUGCGGUGUACAAAUUUAGAUAAAUAGAUAAUCUACUUAUAAAUCAUGCAUAAUAUGUAUUUUAUUGGCACAAUAAAAGGAAGUUAACAUGGUUUAAAGAUUCCCUUCCAGUAUGUAUUAAAUACUAGCAUUGCAAGCUGUUGCUUCAAAUGUCCCACCUAGGUUUCUUUCACCCAUUUUGCAUAGCCCGCCUCCAUAUGUAUUGCUGGAGGUUGAUGGUGUCGAUGUCCAAAUCCGGUUACCCUAAUGAUUGGUUUCCGGUAAUUACUAUUAGCGUAGCUUUGUUUCCUUUUGGUCGGGUACGACGGGUAGGGAUUAUAGUAAUUCCUAUACAGUACUGCCAAGAAUAACUUGUCCCCGCGUCCUGCCUCCAGAGCGUCCGCGUCUUGCGUCCACUCUGCCCGCGUCCUGCCUCCAGAGCGCCCGCGUCCGGCCUCCACGGCGCCCGCGUCUUGCGUCUGCUCUACCCGCGUCCUGCCUCCAAAGCGCCCGCGUCCGGCCUCCAGCUAAAAACUGCGUCCGCCUGGACGCAGUCGUCGUAACAUAAUCGGAAAAACGAACUAAUAUUUGCAUCAUACUCGUAGCUUGUCGUGAGAAUACAGAUCCGUGUCACUGAUCGGAGAAGCAAAGAAUAAAAAGUUGAAUCCGAAAACGAGUCUCAUUGAACCUAAGCGUUACAUUUAAUAUACCUAUGUUAUAAUGUUAUACGUUAUACUACAGUAAGCGUAGUGCUUUCACAAUGCAAUCACACGUACUUGAGUGGCGAUUGAAGCGUAUAUGACUGUAUAUUGGAGCGUAAAAUAGACAUAAACUAUAUAUAAUGUAGACACAUAUACUAAACUCAGGGAGAUCACGACUACAACGAGUAUAUAUCUCGCAACACAUUCAUUUGCUACUCAAAUUCUGACUUACCUCGUAGAAGAUUGACGAUUAGUUGAUAUGCAAUUCUGUAUUUGAAUAAUGUUAUGUCUCCGUAACUCGUCAGUAUAUUAAAACGAAGACGCUCGCUCAUUUACAGUAUAUAUAGUGGUUUUGAUUUUUCAUAUAAAAUACCAUGAUUACUACGAGCCACUAUAUAACUUUAUUUACAGCAACAAGUUCUUGUUGUUUUUCCAAAACAAAGUAAAUGCACAUGGUGAUAUGUCAUAUAAAUUGAUAAUUACCAUAUAAUUUCUGGAUAAAUUACUUCUCUUAAUCCCUUAAUGGAAUACCUUUACAUGUCCAGGAAACAGUCUUUGUGUUUCAACACGGUUCAAUGACUGUGACUCAUCACUUGAUUUUCAGAGUUGCAGUAAAAUUCGCUAACGCUGAAGUGAAGAGCUCAGACUAAUAUCACUCGAUCCGUAUUACUGUCAGACUAAUAAAAUGAGGUAUCGAUCGCUUACUCGUCAACCCGGGAAAACGUAUGUUGGGUUUCUUCGAAGAAGAUAUUAAACCAUACGUGCAUCAAAAGAAUACUGGGUUUAAACCAAACGUUAUACGAAGGUGCGGAAGUAGAGAUCAAAUACGAAAAGGAACUUUACGAAGCACAAAUUCUGAAAAUUCACGGUAAGUUUAAUAUUACAGAUAUAAAAAUCUAGGUCUGUAACGCUUGUGUAUAAGCAUAAAAACGUGGUGUGAAAUCGCUAACAUGAAUAUUUUCCGACGCCAACGUUCAUGAAAAGCGAUAAUUUCCGACGAUGUACGAAGAGAACUCUUUCUCAGCUGCGUCCUCGGCCCGCGGACGCAAAGCGGACGCAUGGCGCCCGCACAGUGGACGCACCCGCAAGCGCCCGCAGACGCACAGUGGACGCACGGCGCCCGCAGGACGGACGCACCCGCGGGCGCCCGUGGACGCACAGUGGACGCAAGAUACCCGCGUCUUGGACGCGGUUUUUGAUAAGUUAUUUCUUGGCAGUACUGUACUGGUGAUGGUGCAUGAUUAUUUUUGCUGACCCAACUAGCAUAGCUACCAAUUUCAUCCCUAGGCAGGCAAUUUUAUCAUAGAUCAAUAAACGUAAUAUUAAUGUUGCACUAUGUGCCUCAUGUGACUUAUUGCAAUGUUAAAUAUAACUAAGCAAAUAAUUGCAUAAAAAUAAUAACUACAACAUUGUAACAGGGAUGAGUCUGUGACUCUAGUACAAACCAAUUGGUGCAGUGUGUGGUGCAGUGUGUGAUCAAUGAAUUGCUUAUUUCAACCAAAGGUUUUUAAAAACACAGCAAAGAAACUAAACCUCUGAGACCUAAUGGUAUCUAUUGACAUGGUACAGGGACUGAAGUAUUUGUCAAAAUUAACUGUGAUGAUACUACCAUGAGAUUUGAAAGGAUUGAGCCUAUAGUAGUAUGUGAGAAAACAUUUUCUGCUUUUUUAUGCCUCAUUUUGUAGAAUAUAACACUCUUUUUCAUUUUCAAGGCAACCUCUCUCCUGAUGUGACAAAGGAAGAUAUCACUCAACAUUUUGCAUUAGAUGCAACACCGUAUCUCAAAUCGGCAGUUAAAAUAGAACUGCCUUCUCGUAAAGGAUAUGCCUUCCUCUUUGUCCCUGAGGCAUUUGGCGACCAUGUAAUAGGCUUUGAUGGAACAGAAUUGAACAGUAAAAAAAUCAAAGUAGAGAUCGCUAAAGCUAGGUCUCCAUCUCAAACACAAAGAACAAAUGGUCGUCUAUAUAAUCGAGGUCCAAAUAACCAAAGAAGAGUCUUUAAUUAUGGGUUCAAUCGUGAAAAUUAUGACCAACAUUCACAGUUUCUCAAACCCCUCGUUGUUCCUCCGAAAGAGUUGCUACACGCCAUUGAUGUUGUUAAUUUAACCAAUCAAAUGUGAGUGCCAAUAUUUGUUACCAAACAUACAGUAAGAAUAAUGUUUACAAACAUUUACUUAGAUACAAAAAGAGAAACAUGUCUUCCUUUUCCAACUUUUUUAAAAAAAUAGCUUUUCUGAAAAAUUUAUAUUUUCACCACUUCAUUUACAUAUACAGUACUGCCAUGAAAUAGCUGGGGGCACUGAGGAGAAACAUUUUCUUGGCCAAAUUUUUUAGUGACCCAAAAAUUGUUUUUCUCCACCCAACCCCAGCACUCUUAUUUAAAAGUUAAAUUGACUUAUUUGAGUUUUUGAGAGAACAAAAAAGCCAACAAGUAUGAACUCUGUCACUUUAUCAUGACUGUUAUGGCAGGUUCAAAUGGAAUACUUUGCAAAUCGAUAUAAGUAAAUGAUAUUUAUUCGAUCUUAAUAAAACAAAUAAUACCUUGAAUUAGAUGUUUCAUGAUCAGUUACGUCAACCUCAGUUGCACAUGUCGAAAAGAGAAGACUUGCACGGAGAUGAGGCAGUUCACCAUGAGGUGACUGUUAUGCCAUACAGUGACUGAAAUUACAUUUAAUAGUUCUUUGACUUUGUUUUUGAUAUUUUAUAGUAACAUUUCCUAUUGAAAAUUCUUGUUAUUUUGUUCUAUUUAAUACAACAUCUUUCUGUGGUAUUUUAGUAUUUUCCGACUUAAUGAUUUUUACUUUACCCACCCCUUGACUUGGUGAAUUUUUAUUCAACCCACCCAUUUCCACCAAUAAAAUUUACGCACCCAUUUUCUCUUCGGGGCCCCCCUGGCCAUAAAUAAUGACCGGUCCCUUAACACUAUAUCUGCCCGCGUAGAGCACAGCCUCCAGCAAAGACACCCGCGUCUGCUGGUCAGCAAAGACACCCGCAGUCACAGUGGUCGGAAAAACAAACGACAUAUUUGCAUACUUGUACUGUAGAUGAUCGCGGAAACACAGAUCGCAUCACUAAUCAGCCAAUGAGUGAAAUAUUGAACCCGAAAAUCAGUUUGUAUCCAACCUAAACAAAUUAGAUUUGCUAAAAAAUUAAAACUGCAGUAUUGUUACGUAUAAUGUUAUUGUCGAAUUCAUGUUUAUAUCUUGCAUUUAAAAUUAAUUUAAUAAAUGUACAGUAUGUAUAGAAUUUCCACUCGAGGAUUUUCAUCUACAAAACAUUCCAACUAUAUUAUUCAAUCGAGUGAAGUGCCAGCAAAAUCUUGAUAUUUACUCAUUUAAAAUUAAGCACGUUGUCGUUCUUGCUAUAAUACACGCGUCUUAGUCUUACCUGUGAAUACUACUCUAGAAUUGAAAACACAAACUUGACUGUUUAACCACGCAGAUUAUUUUGCCUACCUGCGUGGAACAUUGCUAAGUCCCCGUACACACAUUUAGUGAUGCUACCUUUAUACAUAUGCAUUUUGCCUGCAUCGCCCACGGCACAGUAAUAAUAAAACAUUGAAUUAGCUGAAACCUUGCAGGCGGGAAAAUCGAUGUAUAUAUACUUAUCAUUGCACUCUGCAGCAACAAAGAACAACAACAAUGUUACUCGAAUGCUGUUUAAAGUGUUGUGAAACGAACAUCGCUAUAAGAUCUUCAUGCACCAUAUCACUUAUUUGGCUUAAUUUGAACUCGCAUUUUCUACAUUAUGAUUUUCGCAUACUGUAUGCAAGUACAGAUUGGCGAUAUUUAGCUAAACUCGGCUUUUGUUGGAACAGGUUGGCACUGAAGUUCAUCGCGCGUGGCGAUUUUGAACUGUUUCACUUUCCUACGCACAGAUAGGCUGAGAAUUGAUAUUUUAAUUAUUUGAUAAAAAGUAAUAGAUUUCCCAUAGAAAUGUAUAACACGUUAAGAUAUUGUACGAAUCCGUUUUAUUAUGAGAAGACCUCAGAAGUACGAUAUUUCCCGGCGAUCUCCGAAAUGAAAUGUCUCACACUCGGCCGCAAAGCGGGCGCAGGAUGCACGCACCCAUACAUGUAGGAGCCCGUAAGGACGUAAGAUACCCGCGUCUUGGACGCGGUUUUUGAUAAGUUAUUUCUUGACCGUACUGUAGGUGAUAAUUUGUUGCUUCUUCAUUGACAACUAAAGCAGUUGUAACGUGAUUAAACAGACUAUUUAAGCCGCAGACUAAUGUUAUUUUACUUUAUUACUGCACUAGCUAAUUUUCAUUGAAAGUCUGUCUUGUAACAAUGUUCACAAUUGUUCACAAUAGGUUUGCAAAUGACACAGAUUAUGUGAUUGCUCGAGCUCUAAGUGCAGGCAUAUUUAAAAUGGUUGUCACUGGAAAUACGUUAAAGAAAAGCCGUGUGGCUGUCUCUCUCAGCAAGACUCGUCCAGGUUUCCUGUAUGCAGCUGUUGGUGUUCAUCCACAUUGGUCACAGAAAGAAUGGAGUGAUAACUCCCUUAAGGUAUAGUCAUUUUAGAUGCUGUUAAAGUCCUGUCUACACGAGUAGACUUUCUGUGACAAUUUUUCCAUGACAAGUAUACUUGCUCAUCUGGAUGAGACAGCAAAUAAUUGCUGGUCAUUACGCCACAAGUUGCUUUGAACAGCGGUACGUAAUUCGCACAAAAAUAACUGAGGUGAGGGCACUGUUGUCAUAGAAAAUUUUCUUGUAUGGACCUGGCUUAAAUGCUUUUUCAUUGUAUGUAUCGUGAAAUGAUUGAUACUGUUUAACCUCUACUCUGGGCACAACAACGGCACAGCAAAGUGUCUGUAUUAGAUGAUUUUUAGAUAGGUCUUGAACUGUCUGUACCAGUGUAGGUAUAGUGCCAAUAAUAAGAAAGAUUCGGAUUGAUAGGGAUACAAGGCGUAAAAGAAAAUACCUGUGGUUCCGGUUUCAUAUCGCGAAAAAAUUAGGGUCGGUAGGUCGGAAAUAAUUAUUUUUUGAAUAUUUUUUUCAUGGUUUUUUCAAUAAUUAGUGUGACAACAGACGCCAUUUUGGCAGCAGCCCGCAACCACGCGGGGAAAAUAGGGUCGCACGGUCAAUCGCGUUGAAAAAAUAAUAGGGUCGGCAGAAAAAAAUAUGGUCGGUCGGGAACCGGAACCACAGGUAUUUUUUUUUACGCCUAACUAUAUGAAAAAUACAACAAGAACGUCGACGUUUUGAGCGAAGGCCGAAGGUUUGACGUAUCAAUCCGACGAUUAAGAGAGGUGUCUGUUUUAUGUAGAUCAUGAUGAGACCAUCUUCACAAUUGCACUUGUUGUUUUUAAAACACUUAAAAGUGUUCAUUCAAAUUAAAUAAUCAAUGUCAUACACUACCAUAAUACAGUACAUCUCAGUUAUGUACGCUAUACAAUUACGAAUCGUUUUUAGUGCAAAGUUGCUUUGCACUAUUGUUAUGAGAUAUUCAAUUCAGUGACCGAUCGAUGGAUCUAUAGUGUAAACAAUCCGGGGGGAGCUUGCAAAUGAUUUUUUAUUACGUUUUCUAGAGCUUCGUGACGUUCGGUCAACUGAUCGUUUAUAGCUGUUUAUAGAUUAUAAAAAUCUAUAUUUAUAUUCAUGAUGGUACAUGUUCUUACUUAUUUUAUCCAACAUUUAGAGAAGUAAUAACCAAAUUGCUGUUACAUUUCAAGCACUUGUUAUUACAAUAUGAUUUGCUCCCUGCAUGAAUUAUGAAUUAAUACACGUGUUUUCAUAUAAUAUCAUUUUACAAUGGCGGGCUGAAAUGGUGUAGACUAGAGUGUAUUAACUGAGGUUGACAAGCGUGUGACUGUAGUACUCGUAGGACAGCAGUACUAUAUAAUAUCUCUAUACCAUGUAAUUGUAGGAAUUGGAAGAGUUGGUACAACUUCCUGAAGUGGUUGCAGUUGGUGAAGUUGGUCUAGAUCUCAACAGAAAUUAUUCUCCACCAGAAGUUCAGGAAACUGUUUUUGAAAAACAGGUAUGUUUAUUGCAGUACAUCGUCAUCAACUAUUUGCCAUGGGGAUUAUCUUGUUGAGUAUACAGAUUGAGCUACAAAUGAAACUGUAUAGUAGGGUGCCCUAUCGCAAGAACUAGUGCAUUUCCCACCAUAUGCAUGUUGUGGACAGUCUGUGUACUCAUUGCAGAGACUUUAGAACACACUUUUUGACAGAUGCCGUCGGAUUGCACAAUCCUUAUCAAUAUAUGUACGUUUGAUAUAUGCAAAAGGCCCUCUUUUUACAAGUCCCAACUCCUCUCCCUGAUCAUGCACUCUAAAAUGUUGACAUUUUAAAAUGGAUGACUCCUUCGAACGUUUAAUUUUCUUAAAUUAACCCUUUAGUUCAGUCAUCUCGUCUCACUGUAUGCGUUUGGCUAGUGAGUAAUCCAUUUACUCAAGAUAAUCAUCAGUUAAUAAAUGCAUGGUUAAACAUUUUGCCAUUGGUGUUACUUGUUUUACCAAACAACCUAAAUUUAUAGAAAUUUUCCUACUGUAUCAUGGCUACUGUACAUAUAUAUUAAGAUAGUUGAGAAUAAUGGGAGAGCAAGCUAUUGACUAGCAAAUGAUAAAAAAUGGAGCUUGCUGGAUAGAGUAAGCUGCAGAGUACAGUAGAUAUAAAACUAAUGUUAUUCCAAAACGGAAAUUUGAAGCCAAACUCGAAGGCCAGUCCCAGUCUUUUCACGCAUGCGAAGAGCGCUCGAUCAGUCAAGACAGGCGGAGGUGACGACUGUAUAAGACAGGCGGAGGUGUGUGCGCUUACAUUCGCCAGGGCAUUAAAGCAUCUAAGAUGAAAGAACUUUCUAGUGUAUCCGAAAACAGUUUAUAUAAUAACUACAGUGAAACACGCAAUUUGAUUGGUCAAUAGCCGUGCAGGAUCAGACUAUCCUGCACGAGGAAUUAAAAUGCCUUCGCGGGAUUUUCAAAAUGUCAUUGUUUCACUGUAGUUAUUAGUUAUAAAACAAUUACCAAAUGGUUUUCCAAGCAGGAUAGCGUGAUCCAUGCACUUGGGAUGUUGCUCGACUUUCGGAAAGCGUACAAAUACACUCGCCUGCGGCUCGAGUAUUUUUACGCUUUCCGUAAGUCUCGCGACAUCCCUCGUGCAUGGAUCACGCAAUCCUGCAUGGAAAACCAUUCGGUAUUCCUUUAUUCCAUCAACUCUGGUUAAAGCUGCAAUCUGAGAAGCUGAAAUCUCUCAUGAUAUGUGUAUCUUACAGACCCCCUGAUUAUCCUCUGUCCUGUUUCGAAGACCAUCUGAAGCCAUGCUACACCAAAGCCCUCGUAUUUAGUAAACCAAUCAUAGUUAUCGGUGACCUAAAUUGUAAUACCUUGGAGAAUGGUCCUCACAGUAAAGCACUAUUUGAUAUCUCAGUUGAACUUAAUCUCACACAGAUCAUCAACGCUCCAACCAGAAUAACAGACACCUCUCAGUCACUCAUCGAUGUGAUUCUGGUCUCCUGUCCCACACUUGUAUACAAAAGUGGCGUUAUUAACAACCCAAUCAGUGACCGUCUCCCAGUUUAUGCCGUAUUUAAGUUGUAACCACCCACGCCUCUACCUAUCUACAUUACGGUACGCAGUUUCAGGACCUAUGACCCAGAAGCCUUUGCGGCAGACCUUUCCAUCAACUCGUCGGGGCUAUUCACUCCAUCAUACAUGGACAUAAACUCCAUGCUCUCUAGCUUUAAUGACGUAAUCAGCUCAGUCCUCGACGUUCACGCUCCCAUCAGAACCAUAAAGAUUCGCAGUCGACCUUGCCCGUAUGUCACUUUAGA